AUGUCCAACCAAUCCUCCAGCAACCCUGAUCACGCCGGUGUCCCUUUCCCUGACUGGUACAACGAUGCCAUCCAUGCUGAGAUCGCGGAGUUCCUUGCCAGCUUCGACGAGCUUGAGCAGCCGCGCCCUGCUUCUCCCCAGCCGGACACGCCGGGCCUCACUUACGCCCAGUACGCUCGUAUGCUCUCGGACGUCCAUGGUUCGCGGUUCAACUCGCCCGUCCCCAUUCCUUGGGACAACGGUACGGUCUCCCCUUCGCAGAUCUUUGCGCCACCCCCGAGCGAGGUCUCGACUUUCUCGGGGAUCUCCGGCUUGACCACGUCAUCCGGUACCACCCUCGGCUCCGGAUCUUCGAGGACAGUGGUAGGGGCAAAUGAGGUAGCGGGGGCGAAGGCCUCUCUUGCCUCUUACGUCCCUUCCAACGCGGGCUCGUCCACCUCGUCGGACUCUACUGUGGUUCCCGUCGUCAUCCACCCGGUGGCGACUCGCGGAACCCUUUCCUCUCCCCACUCGGUCAAGUCUUCCGAGUCGGGUGUUACCCGUAACACCAAGGUCCGUCACCUCCGAGUCGCCAAGAUCAAGGCUACCGGUACCAUCAUGGUUCCGCCUUGCGUCCGGUGCCUCGCCAACGGUACCCCGUGCUACUGGUCUCCUGAUUUCGCCGGCUGCGCCGAGUGCACGGCUCACGCUCGGCUCUGCUCGUUCGGGAGCCACAAGAGGCGUCGGACCGGCUAUAGUCCGAUCUGGAACCCUCCUUCUUCCUCGGUCGGCUCUACCUUUGCCACCGAGAGCGUGGUCUCAUCCGGCGCCCACUGCACUGGCCACGGUCUCCGCCUGUCCAUCCAGGCAUUCCGCGGUCAGGUUACCGCUCAGCACCACGCACAGAUGCUCUUCUGUGACCGCAUGGAUGCUCUUGCCGUUGAGCUGAUCCAGAACAAAGUCUGA